AUGGCCUUGACCAAUAAUAUCACCUCUAUCAUCCUUUUGGGAUUCCCAAAUCUUAAAAACCUCAAAUUUCUGUUCUUCCCACUGCUGCUUAUUAUAUACUGUGUGACCAUUUCGGGAAAUCUUCUCAUCAUGGUCUUGUACUCAGUGAGUAAAUCCCUUCAGUCCCCCAUGUACUUCUUCAUUACACAGCUAUCAUUGUGUGAACUCCUGCUGACUACAGAUAUUGUCCGCAUCCUUCUUCACACUGUACUGUAUGGAGGCAGUACUAUGACUCUCAUCGGCUGCAUCUUCCAGUUUUCUUUCUUUGCUAUCACUGAGUCCUCGGAAUGUCUUCUUCUGUCAGUGAUGUCUUACGAUCGUUAUCUGGCAAUCUGUAACCCCCUUCGUUAUAAUACUAUCAUGACUCAUACAUUGUGCGUGACCUCAGCAAAUAUAAUUUGGUUGAUGGGAUUUAUAGUGAUGUUGGUCUAUGUAAUUUCUAUGUGUAAUCUGUAUUUCUGUGGACCACACAUUAUUGACCAUUUCUACUGUGAUCUUGAACCCAUAAUGCAGCUCUCGUGCUCUGAUACAUUCAUACUUCAUAAACAGAUCCUUAUAACAGGAAGUUUGGUUCUUAUGUCACCAUUUAUAAUAAUUGUGGUGUCCUAUGUGUACAUUGUCAUCACCAUUCUGAAGAUCCCAUCCAAUACAGGAAGACAUAAAGCCUUCUCCACCUGUAGCUCCCACCUCAUUGUGGUUUCCUUAUUUUAUGGGGCAUUAAUCAUUGCUUAUAUGUUUCCAACGAAAGGACAAUCACUGAUCGUGAAUAAGGUCUUGUCUCUGAUUUAUACUGUGCUGAUCCCACUGCUUAAUCCUAUCAUAUACACGCUGCGGAACAAAGACUUUAAAGAAACUUUUCAUAAGAUUAAACUUUUAAUCUAG